AUGAGUUUCAUGUGCCCUAUUUCGUGGGAUUUCCCCGUAUUUUAUGAUGCAUCGUCCAAUGAAAAGGUCUCAGACAGCCCUCUCCCAGUGAUCCCAACUACAUCGAGAUGCUCACGAGAGUUUGACUCGAAAAAUUCCCAAAUAUCUCUGAUCAGACAGGCUAUCGGAGAAUGUCGCGAACGUUUAGCUCUCCUAAGCAGCCUGGAAAAGCUUCGUACUGCCCGCGUUUCACAGGCACGUCAGAGAGGUGGUCUCUAUCCGGAAGCGUUUGAUCAAGCGUUUACCGCACAAGUCAACGAACUGAUCAAUUUGCUCCGUUCUCAGUUGACAAAGCUUUUAGCUGCGGAAAAAACUCAGGUGCGAAAAUUGACUAUGACCUCGCUUUGA